CGAGACACGAGAGCUACGUUUGAGCUGCACCUCUGUUCUGACCCUCCACGUCCACUACACAGACUCGACAAGGUUACGGCUUUCGGCGCUUCGUUUUCUCUAACAGCAGCUCUACGUUAUCGUUUCUACGGUACUAAUUUCCACGGCGACGUUUUCUACUCAGCUGACACGAUGAAGUCUUGGUUGGCGCCCGUAGCCGUGGUGCUGUGUGUCCUGGUGUGUGUGGCGGAGGCAUACCCGCCCAAACCCGAACCUCCGGCGGGAGACGCGGGACCCGAGGAGCUGGCCAAGUAUCACACGGCGCUGCGCCACUACAUCAACCUGAUCACCAGGCAGAGAUAUGGGAAGAGAUCCUCUCCUCAGGUAGAGAUGGCCGAGCUGCUCUUCGGUGAUGAGGAACAGGACGUGAGGCCGCGAAUGGAUGACGGUUUGACCUGGUAGUCGUCUCUCACUGCAUUCCUCGUUUGUCAUCCUUCUUCAUUCCGUUUCUCUCUCCGCCGUCUCUCCGGGGGUUAUACCAAACAGCCAAAGUAGCAUCAAAAUAUUGGCACAUCUCUCUCUGUCUCUCCCUCUCUCUCUCCCUCUCUGUCUCUCUCUCUCUCUGUGUAUCUGUAUCUGCCUGUUUUAAAAAGUUUUCUGUGGAGCGACAAUUGUAAAUAAUUUGUUACUCACCCAAUUGCGAAUAAUAAAGAAUGACUAAAUGUUUAAAAUGGA